AUGUUCUCCAUCCAUGGUCUAAAAGAAGAUUAUUAUAUACCUUUGGUUUUCUUCUUAUUGCCAAAUAAACAAAAACAUACAUAUACACUGGCACUUAAAUACCUAACAGAACAAGUUGAUGCAAAAUGCAAUAAAAAACUCGCUUUAAGAACGGUAUUUGCAGAUUUUGAAGAAGCAAUUCAGCAAAGUGUCACUGAAGUUUGGACUAAUGUUUCAUUGAAGGGCUGCCGAUUCCAUUUAGGACAAUCCUGGUGGCGCAAAAUUCAGGCACUAGGUUUAACAUCCUUAUACAAAGACAAAGAGAGUGAUGUAGGAAAAUAUUUAACAUACUGCUUUGGAAUGCCAUUUCUCAACCCAGAAGAUGUAGGAGAUUGUUUUGUUGAAGCUUUAUCAUCAAUACAGCCACAAAAUCAUAGAAUAGUAGAAUUUGCGGACUAUCUGGUCGAUAAUUAUGUCUCAGAAUCGGCUAAGUUUCCGCCAGAAAUAUGGGCGGAGAUGUCAAAGAGUUUACAACGGACGACGAACGCAUGUUCGGUGACACCUAGUAGGCCAAGACGUGUUGUUAAGAAACCUGCUUAUCUAGCAGAUUACACUGAUUAA